CAAAAUGUGCAAUUAGACCACAUGAGUCGUGAGUGCGCGUGGGCUAUAUAUGUGCAUUGUGUAGGCCUAGGCCACCAUUCACCGGGUUUACUCAGAAGAAUGAAGCAAGUUACGUCUGGGCUACUUUGGCAAAAUUAGUUAUAUUUGAACAUCUUUCCAGAGACGUCUCCGUUAAAAGCCUCUCAUCCCAGUGCUGUGGGUCUCGGAGCUGGUUCGGGAUCAUGGAGGAACUGGCCCGGGAGAGCAUCAGCCUGCUGGCCCGGUCUGCGUCUCAUGCGGACCCGCCGAGGCUCGGCUCGUUCGGCGCGGUGUUCAUUAUGCUGAAAUCUGCGCUCGGGGCCGGACUGCUGAACUUCCCCUGGGCCUUCCAGAAGGCGGGGGGAGUGAACACCGCCAUCAGUGUGGAGCUGGUUUCGCUGGUUUUCCUCAUCAGUGGUUUGAUCAUCCUCGGCUACGCCUCAUCAGUCAGCAGACAGAUGACCUAUCAGGACGUGGUGAGCGAGGUGUGCGGACGAGCUGUGGGUCAACUCUGUGAAGUCUGUUUCUGCUUCAACCUCUUCAUGAUAUGUGUCGCCUUCCUGGUGGUGGUGCAGGACCAGCUGGAGAAAUUGUGUAUUUCGUUAUAUGAUAGGGUGACUGGGUCCACUGAGGGAGAGAUGCCUUAUCACUGGUACACUGACCAGCGUUUUGCCCUCUUCAUCAUGUGCCUCAUCAUCAUCCUACCCCUGUCCAUCCCAAAAGAAAUCGGCAUUCAGAAAUACACAAGUGUGUUGGGGACACUGGCCGCUACAUAUCUGUGUGUGGCAGUUAUCGUCAAAUAUUACCUGAUGGAGAGCCACGCUGUUAUCAUAUCUCCAGAGCACAGCCAAGGUUCUUGGGCUUCAAUGUUCAGUGUCGUACCGACCAUCUGCUUUGGAUUCCAGUGCCAUGAAGCCUGUAUAGCGAUCUACAGCAGCAUGGCGAACCAGAAGCUCUCCCACUGGGUGGUCAUCUCUGUGCUCUCCAUGUUUUUCUGUUUACUUGUCUACACUCUGACUGGUGUGUAUGGAUUCCUGACGUUUGGACGAGCAGUUGCCUCAGAUAUUUUGAUGUCAUAUCCAGGAAAUGAUGUAGUCAUGAUCAUUUCCAGACUACUUUUCCUAAUAUCAAUUAUCACCAUCUAUCCUAUUAUUCUUCUUCUGGGGAGAUCUGUCAUCCUGAACCUGAUGCUGCGUAUUCAAAGACGUCGCUGUGGAAUCGUCACUCAUUCGUUUGAGAGUCGCUGCAGAGUCGUUCUCACUGUGAUCUGGAUAUCCAUCACUCUUCUCAUCGCCAUGUUUGUCCCUGACAUGGGUGAGGUCAUUAGUGUCAUUGGAGGAAUCAGCGCCUUCUUCAUCUUUAUUUUUCCUGGUCUUUGCUUAGUGUUCAUAAUGCAAACUGAAUCUGUGACACAAAGAGUCAGGGUGAUUUUAACAGUUUGGGGAGUCAUAACUAUUGUAGUUGGAGCCUUCAUCUUCGGACAGAGCACGACAAUCGCUGUCAUGGAGAUUUCCCAAAAAUUCUGAAUUUCACACCAUCAUCACAACCCUCUGCAUUCUGCUGCUUCACUGUGAGCAUUUUGUGAUGAUCAGCUCUUCUGCACAACUGAAAGUUGCAUUUCUAAAGGUGGUUUUUAGUUGUAUAUAAGAUUUGUAUAAAAGGUCAUCCACGACCUGGAUAUAAAAUAUAAU